AUGACCCGACCAAUUGAUCAAGCCCAUCAAAGGAGGCACUUAAGUGGCUGGCCGACACCUCCUCGACGACGACAGAUUUCCCAGGCCUACUCGAGUGCGAACAGACUCGUCAUUAUCGGCGCCGAUCAAACGAGGCGCCUUAAGUGGCCCCUCUUCACAUCUCCAAACUCUUGACAGACCUCCUCGUCGGUUCCGAAUUAACGAUACCCUUGGCUGACUGCUGGGAAAACGGCGCGCCAAACGAGAAGGUUACUGUAGGCGGAUUGUUUGCUCGACCGCACUACGGCUGCUGGUCAACCUUGAUAACGCCUUCUUCUGUUAUUGUUUUGGGACAAGUUUCAUGUUUCUGAAGUAGUUUAUAAAGUCAAUUUUUAGUUGAAAAAAAUAGUAGAUUUUUUUGUCAUUUUCGUGAGAUCAGAUUGAGCCAUUUUGGGGAUUUUUGUUUGAGUAUCCUGCUUUCGAAAAAAAUUAAAAAAAUAACCUUCAAAAAUAUUUUUUUCUUUCUUUCUUUUUGAGCCUGUGAAAAAUUUCCUUUUCCAUUUUUUUUUUCAAUUUUGUUUCCGAAAAAUUGUUCCAGGAUCACAUAGCUUCAGUUUGUCACAGUAUGUUUUUUUGUAGAGGCUUUCUGAUUACUGUAUUUGGGUUACUGUAGCCAGAGUUAUUUUUUUAUACACUGCUUUUUUGAAAUGACAGUGUAAUGUUGACUGUAGCUAAAGAGCAAGUUUUGUUGAUUCAGAAUUUUUGAAAUUUUGGAGUUCUAGAAAUAUAUUCCGAACCUUUUUUUAAUCGUUUCAAUCUUUAAAAAUAAUUUCUAAAUCUUCUUUCUCAAAUUUCCUUGAUUUUGAAUAUUUACAGUGUUUCAAAGGUCUCAAUUUACAGUACCAUCUGAAAAAAUUCGAAAAACUCGACCUCUGAUGUCAACAGAAAUCAGCUGUGAGACCCAGCGAAAAAAACCAUUCGCCAAAAAAAAACAACAAGGAGUUUUGACAGACGCAGCAAGUUGACGGGGGUCGACGUCGUCUGCCGUGUCACAUCGGAUCCAUCAGAAGGAAAAAGACGCCGCCGUCAGGCGUCCGUCAUCCGUCGACGGAUGGCCGCCCCGCAGGAGGGGGGACAAAACGUCCGUUCGCUCGUUCGUGUCACUGUCGUGUCCGAUUGUUGCAACAGACGGCAUACCGGUCAUGCCAACUGCGGCUUUGAGAGGAGUCUUUGGACGAUUUGAGGCCUUGGAGGAAGUUAUGUGGAUGGUUUGGGUUUUCGGGAGGCCUUUUCGAAGUUUUGAGUGAGCAGAAACUGUAGUUUCAGGGAUUUGAGAGAUUAUAUUUUGAGAAAGAAGUGGGAUAUCAUUUUUUGGAGUAACUGACAGCUGAUCAAAAGGAGCAAAAAGCAAGUUUUCAAAUAUUCCAAGUUUGGACAGAUUGAAGCGUUUGGGAGCAUGACCAACUACUCGGACCUUGGUAACGCGAACGGGACGCGAAUCGGACGUGUCGGGGCAUAUCUAGUGACCACUUUAGUAGCCUCAGCACUCUUAAGUGAUCCCUAG